AUGGCAGCUGGACGACCCAUUUUCGGCUUUUUGGCCUUGUUCUUCACCGCAGGAGCUCUGGUGUUGAUGUUCCUGACAUUCCUCGGUGGUGUCAACAACCAUGUUCCUCUGAACGACAUCUACUUCCUUCAAGCAGACACCUCAAGCAUCCCCGGUGCACCCUCUACGUCGCGAUGGACAUUUUGGAAUGUCUGCCCUGUGUCCGAUGGAAAGAGUCAAUGCGGAUCUGUCCACCCUGACUUUCCCUUUGAUCCCCCAUCGCCUCGCAAUUUUGGCACCACCACCAACGUCCCUGGUGCAUUUAUCGGAACGCACCACUACUUUUUGCUUUCUCGAUUCAUGUUUCCUUUUAUCCUGAUUGCUUUGUUCUUUGCAGUGCUCUCUCUGUUCCUUGGUCUUUUGGCUCUAUGCACCCGCAUCGGUAGCUAUCUCUCCAGUCUUCUUGCCUGGAUUGCAUGGGUCUUCCAAGUCAUCACAGCCUCUCUCAUGACUGCCUGCUACGUCCAAGCACGCGACCAAUUCAACAAUAACGGUGAAUCCGCCAGUCUCGGCCGCAAGGCUUUUGGCUUCAUGUGGGCAGCCGUCGCCUGCUUGACUCUUUCGACCGUCCUUUACUGCAUGGGAGGCUCAGCAGGCCGCAACAACUCCAGUGGAUACACCGGUCGCGAGACGAGACGCCGCGGCUUCUUUGCUUCUCGACGAUCCAGCACCAAGUCCCGCGGAAGCUUCAGAAGCAAGCGUGAAGACGUUGUGUAG